AUGGCGCGAACUUCUCAAGCCCACAAGGGCAUCGGCGCAACUGUUCAUGGACAGCACCAAGUCGGAGUAUGGAUACAAUAUAAAGGGUUUCGAGCACGCACUCUUCAGACCACUAGGUUGCAAUCUGCUCGUUCCAACCUGACGGCUAGUAUCGUCGACGAGUUUCUCGCCGACUUGGAGGCCUUAACAUUGACCAUUACCGGUGUCACAAUGGUUGACGUGAGAAUCGUGUGUGGGGGACUGGACAGAUUCGCGCACAAUACGGCCUCAACCACGGGCUCCGCUUCUACGCAGCAAUCAAAUAUCUCAUAA